UCUUGCUUUUAUCAACAGUUCACAUCAUCUCUUUAUUUGUGGACGUGCUUUGAUGCUGUUACAUGACAGCUUCAUAUUACUCUUUCUGCUCUCAGAUAACAAGACACUGGACUUUGAGGCCAGCUUUAAAACCCUCACUGAGGAGAGAGAUGAGCUGAAGAAGAAGCUGCCUGACUUUGUUCACUACUCCCAACAAGGAUGGAAGUAUAUCAACGGUAGUUUCUAUUAUAUUUCUUCGAACAUGAAAACCUGGAAUGAGAGUAGAACUGACUGUCUGCAAAGAGGGGCGGACCUAGUGGUUGUCAACAGCGAAGAAGAACAGGAAUUCAUAAAUCGAUACCAAGAGAGGAUAUGGAUUGGACUGGCUGACAGCGAGAGAGAGGGGACGUGGAAAUGGGUGGAUGGGACUCCACUGACAACAAGCUUCUGGCACUCUGGGGAGCCUAACAAUUAUUUAGGACAAAAUGAAGACUGUGUAGAAACAAGGUUCGACAAUGAGGAAAACGGCUGGAAUGAUUCAAUAUGUGGACAAAGAAACUUCUGGAUGUGUGAAAAGAAAAUGUUUCUCUAACUCAGCUUACAUACCACCAUGGCAUCUAUUACUAUAUAUAACUACUGUAUGUUUAAGACAUGAAGAUAAAAUUCAUUUACCACUUUCAGCUAAAGACAGCACUGAAACAUGAUCAUUGCUAAGCUGCAGGCAAAGUGGCAUUAGACACAAAUAUCUAACUUGGUUUAGAAAAUGAUAGACUGUAAUGUAUCCAUACUUUGAUUAAUUUCUAAUACAUGUUAUCGCUAAAUAAAAGUGUUUUGUCGUCAUCAUAAGAAUGGGACAGACAGCGCAGAGUCUCACCAGGUUAAACUUCAUUCUGUCACCUCCCACACUGCACUAUAUCUUAAAGGAUAGGUCCACAAUUUUUAAAAUCUCUUUUCUUUUUUUCAAUUUUGAUAAAGAGAAGAAAGAAUAUGUGUACAUGUGAAACAUAUGUGCUUAGUCUCACAUAUAUAAACUUAAAAGAAUUGAACCAGUUUAUUAUCCAAACUGGA